AUGAGUGAUAGCGCAACGCAUUUCAUUGCACACCGCUCGUCCUACGAUGACAACGCACAUGCACCAAGUAUUCUGUUCAGUGCUGAGGAUCGACAUCUCCUUUUGAACGGUUGGAAACGAGCAGUGACGCAUAAAGAUGUUGGUGGUGAGUUAUUAACACGACUUCUGAAUAGUGGAGACUCUCAAUUAUAUCUUCUCUUACGAACUCGGAGUGAACCGUACUGCCCCGCUAAGGAAGCGACGAUCGAAGUCCAAGCGUAUAACCUUCGGAGACACUGCCCUCGAGCCACAAAAAUCGCUGAUUCUAUGACCAAAUUUCUUGGCGAGGUGAUGGAUGCGAUUGCUAGUGAGCAUUUUUCAGAGGAGAACGUAUCGGAAAUGUGUUGGCGAUUAGGAGCAUUGCAUCAUCAGAAGAGAGUAUGGCUGCAAGAUUGGAAUUGGAUACAUUUUCACAAAGCUUUUAUUGAAACAGUUAUGUAUUCCGAUAAGCACUAUCAAGGGUAUAGAUCAUGCAGCGAUACGGCUGAGUUGAAAAAGAGAUACAGUUUUACAUUACGCAGAGACAGUCAUCACUGCAUAAAACGUAUUCAAUAUGAAGAGAUUUUAUGGUUUAAACUGAGUCAUUUUCUCGUCAAACACAUCAAGCAAGGAUUCUUCGAGGAAGCAAUGCAUUCAUCAUUGAACGAUUCAUCAAAAGAACGAGACAAUGAUGAUGGUUCUACAGAAACGCCCUCCGUCACUGAUUCAUUAAAAACACAUUCAUUUGAUGACAGCAUCAUGAAUGAUGAUGAGGAAAUUUGUUUAGACAGUUGUGUCGAAUUUGAUUGGAGACUGAAAUUUCCGAAACGUUUAACUGCGGAUCUUUAA